UCACUACACAGCCCUCAUUACAGAGCGGCUGCAGUUGGAGUGGAUAGGGGCUGGAACUGAAAACGGAUGAGUGACUAUAGGAACAAGGUGAUCGGGAUACUUUCGGAGUUUGGACAUUAGUUUUUUUUUUUUUUUUUGCGUCUUUUUAGCGGACAUGUUUAAGUUUGGAAAACUUUAUUCGUCUUUGAGGACACUGAGCGACCGAUAGAAACACACGUGAAGCCUCUGAAACGGACUGGGACUUGCGAAAAGUCUGUGGGAGCAGCACUGAAACUUGUCAGAUCUGAGCAUGACUGGCUUGACACCCUGAUCCCUGAUGAGAUGUUGCUUACUUUGUGGCGCCUCAGUGACUUUAAGUCACCAACUGUGACAUGAUAUGAAAGCGUCAAGAAGUAACGCAGUUUUAACGCAGCGUGAUGGGACAGAGGUCCUUAUAAAGUUCAGCAUUUUUAAGAUUCAUUCUUCCUGGAAAUGGCAAGUCGUGCCAUAUUGAUGGAGCGGACAGCGGUUUUCAUAUGCAGUGUGUUCAUUCUUAUCAUCGGGCUCUGUGUCGGAUCUCCUAACCACAGCCGUCGGCUGGUAUGCUGGAAAGCCAUCCUCAAGUGCCAUGGAGAGCCGGAGUGCCAUUACGCCUAUGAUCAAUACCUUUAUGCCUGCGCAUCUAUCCUAAGUGGAGAACGCAAGAAGUGCCCCAGUCACUGCAUAUCCUCACUGAUUCAGCUCAAUCUAACCCAGAGCGGCCCGGCUCUGGAGGACUGCGACUGCGCCCUGGACUCGGUCUGCAGGAGCACCAAACAAGCCAUCGAGCCGUGCCUGCCGCGGACCAGCACCAUGGGCUGCACAGAGGCCCGACAACAGUGUGAGAUGGACCUGUCUUGCAGCUCUGCUAUGAGGGAUUAUUUAUUUCACUGCCGAAAACUUUUCGGAGGGGAAAGAUGCUCGGACGGGUGCCGCAGAGUGAUAGCCAACAUGCGCUCCAUACCGAAAGCGCAACAGCUAGACACUUGCGUGUGCGAUGGCACGGAGAGGAACAUAUGCGAGUACAUAAAAGUCAGCAUGAAAACUUUCUGCUCUGAUUCCAGUGACAGGUUCGCGGGAAGCGGAUUUUCGGACUCUGAGGAGGAUUCUGAGGAUGAUUACAUUUACCAGGGGGAUUAUCAAUAUGUGGAAAACUCAAGUGACUCCACACCUUUUCAGACUGUGCUAAAUGUCCUGACCACCAUUUUGGUUUUAACCAAAUUUAUCUGAACAGCUGCUGCCAUUUAGGACAGCUUAAGUCAGUGGUCUUGCUCAUUGUGAAUCAACAUCAGAAAUCAACACCUCAUAAGAACAUGUCUGCUUUGUUGUAACCAGCUGCAAACUAACACUUUGGGUAAUUAAAUUCUGCCUAAACAUUCUGCUAUACUCAUCUGCACAAAUUCACAUAUUUCAGUGCAUUUGCUCUUUGUUAAUCACUUAUGUCAAAAGCAUGCAAAUGACAGUUUGUGGAUCAGAUCAAGUAGGUUAUAGCAUAGGUGUAGCCUAUUACUUAUAUAUCAGUUACACAUUCCAAAAAAAUUAAAAAAUAAAAAUAAAAAUAAAAAAUAGUCAUCUGAUAAUGUUGAAGGAGCCUAUUUUUAUAUGUCAUCUAUAUAUGGGUAAAUUGUACAGUUUAUUGUAUAAAAUUAUUUUUGUCAAAAUACUUGUUUAUGAGUGAUAAGAGAUUUGCACUGUAGAUGAAUAGCUGAAUACCACUCGUUUACUGCAUUAUGACCACAGAGGAAGGAAAAAAUGUGUGUAAAAGUGCCUAAAAGUCUUUAUGUUGGUUUUAUUGGCAGGCUGUGAAAGCAGAGUAAUUCUUUUUUCACCAUAUGUACAGAGGCUUUCUCCCCGUCCCUGUUAUUAAAAACCAAAGUUGAUGUAAGCCACUAGAAGUUGUCUAAAAACCCAGGGCAGAUCAUGCAUCUGAAAAAAGAAGCUCUUAAGAGUGAUACACUCCACCUUGUAAACAUGGAAGUUUGCAUAAGGUAUAAAAUGUAAACUGUCCCAAGCAUGAGAGAAAGGUAAACUCCUUCUCUGGGGAAUUUGCAGCACAAAUGGAGCCAAAGAAGUGUCUGGACAGAUUCUUUAUCUUCACCCCCUAUAUGUUUGUUAGUCAUCACAAAGACACACAGAGAAAAAAAAAGAUGCCUGUGUUUGGGUGAGUGGAGAUUUUAAGUGUCCAUUAUGAACAUACUCCUCUGAAUGUACGUGCACAUUUAAUAAAUAAGAGUUAUAAAAUGA